UUUCAGAAACUUUGUUUGUUCCUUUUCAUUUCUAGAAAUAUCUCCAUACAUUUUCUGUUUUUCUGUUAUUUGUUUGCUCUAAUGUCCAAUUUGGAGAUUCAAAUCCAGAUAACGGAAAUGUUAAAGCCCUCGACUCCUACUCCGAAUCAUCUUCGUACCCUUAAGCUUUCAAUGUUCGAUCAACCAGAUGCUAGUAACUAUGUACCAAUGUUGUUUCACUAUUUACCGAGUAGUGAACAGAACAAUACAGCAGAAAAAUCUGAUAAGCUGAAGAAAUCAUUGGCUGACACCUUAGUCAAUUUUUACCCUCUAGCAGGAAGAUUUAGUAGAAACGACCUCUCAAUUCACUGUAAUGACGAAGGUGCUGAGUAUGUUGAAACCCGAGUCAAUGCGGAUCUUGCUGAAUUCCUCCAUCAAUUAGGACCCAAGGUUGAGCUUUUGGAUCAUCUUCUUCCAUGGUGUAAUAUUGUUCCUAUGGAAAGUACACUGCUGCUUCCAUUACUUGCGAUCCAAGUUAAUAUAUUCAAUUGUGGUGGCCUAGUCAUCGGUAUACAAAUUUCACAUAGCAUAUCAGAUAGUUAUACGAUAGCAACAUUUAUCAAGGAAUGGGCGCGGGUUAGCCAAACAGGGACAGCAACAAAAGAUUGUCUCCCUAGUUUUGGUCAUUUGCCGUCCCUCUUUCCCCCAAGAGUAGUGCCACUAGAACAUCAUCAAUUUUCUUCAACGCCUGCUCCCGACAUCGUCAGCCCUAAGAUUGUCACAAGGAGGUUUGUAUUUGAUGCUUCAGUAAUAGCAAAUCUCAAAGACAGAAUCAAUUCAAGUGCUCCAUUCGUGAAACCUACUCGAGUGAUGGCCGUUCUGUCAUUGAUAUGGAAGGUUCUUCUGGGAAUUUCCUCAGCCAAACGUGGACAUUCAAGGGACUCUUGGUUAAUAAUUCCUAUUAAUGUGAGGGCAAAAUCAAAGUUACCAUCUUUAGAACAUGCUCUUGGUAAUUGUACCCUAAUUGGUAUUCCUACUCUUGAGGCAAAUCAUAGACAGGAGUUACAAGACUUUGUUAAUUCUGUAGGAAUCGCAUUAAGGAAGACAUUGAUAAGUAUUGGUAAGGCGAGCAUCGAUGAUAUUGCCUCUAUGGUUAUUGAUCAAAGCAGAGAAUAUGUAAAUGCAUUUGGUCAAAAAGAUGAGGACAUUUAUCUCAGCAGUAGUUGGUGCAGAUUCCCGUGGUAUGAAGCAGACUUUGGUUGGGGAAAGCCAUUCUGGGUGAGCAGUGCUUGUAGAAGUCUUGAAGUGAUUAUUUUGAUGGACACAAAGGACGGUGAUGGAAUAGAAGCAUGGAUUAGUUUGAAGGAGGAUGACAUAGCUGAAUUAGAGAGAAAUAUUCCUGACAUUUUGUCCUCUUAUGCUUUGAAAAAUAGCAUUUGAUUCGCGAUAUAAUUUGGAUAAAAUGGACUGCUGCAUUAUGUAUUUUCUUGAGGAUGUAAUAUGUUUCCUUGACGUUGGUUCUUGUUGAAAAAUCAUUCGUAUUGAACAAUAUCAAUAAGUAUUCUGCUGCUUCAUGUUAGGAUACGAUUAGCUGAACUUUAAAUAGUAAUAUCGAAACAGGGCCGGGUGUAAACUUAACUCUUUUCUUCCUUUUUAUAUUUGGUGUGUCUGAUUAAUAUGAAUGGGCUUGUUUGAGAUUAGCUAUUUUGUGUUAGCUAAUCUUUCUGUUUAGCUCGUGAAUUCGGUGGACUU